AUGCGCAGAGAGUCCGGCGAACGGGCCGACAGCGGCGGCUCGGCUGACCUGUGGGCACGGCCGGAGCCUGGCGGCUCAGGGGCAGCGGAGGGCUGGUGCGGGGCGCUGCGGGGGACCCGGCAGGCCGCUGGACCCAAGCCCGGGGCUCGCGGGGACGGUCCCCCACCCCCGAGGCUGAGGCUCCCCAACCCCGCCCCGCCCCACCCCACCCCACCCGUUGCCCCGGUGGGGCAGCGCCCUCAGUACUCGCGGCUCCGGCCCGGCUCGGAGCUUCCCCCGCUCGGACCCCGCCGGCCCCUGCCCCGGCCGCCCCUCCCCCCGGGCGGCCCCCUCCUCAGGCCGGCGGCGAAGCGCCCCCCGCCGCCCUCCCCGCCCGCCGCCUUACCUCAACCGCGCUGCGGACAGACGGAUGGGCGGGCGGGCCGGCCAGAUCAGCAAGCGCCGCGGCGCGCGGGGGCGCGGGGAGCCCGGCACCGACGCUCCUCAGCGCGAGCAGCGGCCGCCGAGAGCCGCAGGGCGCCGCUCGGCAGCCCCAUCACGCAUCGGGCCAGCCCCGCACCGAGAGCCGCGGCGGGCGGAGGGCGGGAGCGCGAGAGACCGGGGCGCGGCGAAGGGCCGGCGGUGGCGGCUUCGGCGGUCGGGGAGCGGCUCGGCCUCACGCUGGCACCUCCCAACACCGCCGCCGUCUGA